UGUACUGUUUUUAAGUGCUGCUGUUUCCUGCAUCAUCAGCACAAGUUUUUAUUCUUGUUGAAGGCAGGUGUGAAAUAAAAUGACUUCCUGUUUAGUUUUAGUACUAAGUGUAAAAACACUCAUUCUGAAGAUCACAGCUCAUCCGUGAAGACGUGCUGUCCAACAUAAGAGCCAAAUAUGGAAUUAGACUCUAUUUAUCAAAAUUUUGAAUGCAGAAAUACUGAGGACACAUCUGAACCUCAAACACUGAAUCACAGGCAGGAUGAAGGAAAAGAUGAAAAGUGCAGAGGAAGUAGAUGUUUGGUGUUGAUGACAGUGUGUCUCGGGCUCAUUUGUGUUCUUCUGCUGGUCAUCAUCAUCUUCAUCACAGCAGAGAGAGAAUCUCUGGUCAAGAGUUACAAGAACACAGUUGAAGAGAUCAAUCAGACCAUCAACAGCUUACAGGACAAUUACACUGAUCUAACACAGAAGAAACUGGAGCUGGAGACCAGAGUCAAUGAUCUCUCUGCUGAGAAAAGUCAGUUACAGAGAAGCGCUGACUCUCUGAGUCAGAAGAAUCUGGAGUUAGAGACCAGAGUCACAUCUUUGAGUGAUGAACUGAGAAAAACUUCUAAACAAGUUUUUUUUUUCAUAUCCCAUGAGUCGAAGAGCUGGUCUGAGAGCAGACAGUACUGCAGGGAUCGAGGAGCUGAUCUGGUCAUUACCAACACUGAAGAGAAGCAGAGGUUCAUAUCUUCAAUCGUCAAGGAGAGUGUGUGGAUUGGUUUGUCUGAUAUUGAGACUGAAGGCAGAAUGAAAUGGGUGGAUAAUUCAACACUGAAUCGAGGGUUUUGGUCCAAUGGUCAGCCGGAUGACUAUAAUGGAAAUGAGGACUGUGUUGAACUGAACCCUACACAAGACCCUGGGAACAACUGGAAUGACGUGCCAUGCUCUGACAAGAGGAAAGGGAUUUGUGAGAAGAACUAGAUUUUAUCUAGUCUUGUGUUUUUGCUUCUAUUAUUUCGUUGAAUUUUUAUUGUGAAUGUAUAAUUUCUGCCAGUUGAUGUUCAUAUGAAUUUAUUAGAAGGAAAAUGUAAAAUUGUCAUUAUUUUCUCUGCUAUAAUAAACUCACAACAUUCUCACGAUGUGAAUUAGGGUGAUCUGAGAUACCAAACCUCUGAUGUGUUCAUGUUUUGCUCCAGUAGUGCAAUCUACUGUGCUCCAAAAUCACAGUAGAUUGCACUGAUUCACCCUAUUAUUCUGAUAUUGUCUGUGAAACUGCCUUUGUGUUGUAUUGCUUUCACUUUCAGUAAAAUGGUCAGUAACCAUUAUUACUUUACUAAAUUGUAUUUUGUUCUUAUUUCAUUCAUUCUUGUGUAUCUGCCUUAUUGCACUUUAUUCUACUCCAACAGAGGAGACCUGAUUAAAACUAU